UCCUCAAAGACAAAGCAAUAAUAAUUGCACUUAUAAUUAUUUAUGUGCACAUUCCUGGUAAUUUGGUCUACCCAGAAACGCCAAACUAUCAAGUGCCACAUUUCAAACUUCUGUGGCGAGCUGGAGACAGAAGAGAAGCUCCGCUUGUCUCCUCGACCCAAUGGAAGCUCAUUUGUACCAUCGUUUCCCUGACCUUGAACGCAACAAUCCGACCACCACGUCACUGUGGUUUGGUUCAGGGAAUUGUAGUUUACUUAAAAAUGUGCCUCUCGUAGUGUGUGCGGCGGGAAAACUACAAGUCCCAGAUUUCACAAUGCGGAAGUAGCUCAACAAAACACUGAGAGGUUGCAGUAUCACAGCCGAGAAGAUGUCUCAUGUUGUAAAGAAAAGAAAACUGGACAAAACCCGACAGGACAGACUGUACUUUGACAGCUACACUGAUGUGACCAUCCAUGAGGAGAUGAUAGCGGACCACGUCCGGACUAACACGUACCGGAUGGCGAUACUGAGGAACAGUGAGUCCAUACGUGGUAAAGUUGUGCUGGACGUCGGGGCAGGAACCGGCGUUUUAAGCAUUUUCUGUGUACAGGCCGGAGCCAAGAAGGUCUACGCCGUGGAGGCUUGCUCUAUCGCCGAGCAGGCUGUGAAAAUAGUUCAGCUGAACAAUAUGGAGGACAAAAUCGAGGUCAUUCGCGGCACGGUGGAGACGGUGGACCUACCGGAGAAGGUGGAGGUGAUAGUGAGCGAGUGGAUGGGUUAUGCCCUCCUGCACGAGUCCAUGCUCAACUCGGUCCUGUACGCGCGCGACAAGUGGCUGAGUCCGGGCGGCAUCAUCCUGCCCAGCAAAGCCGAGCUGUACAUCGCGCCCAUCAGCGACCCGGUGGUGGAGGACCGCUUACACUUCUGGUACACCGUCAAGGACCAGUACGGCGUCGACAUGUCCUGCAUGUCCGACUUCGCCACGACGUGCAUCAUGAACUCCGACAUCACCGUGAACUCGGUGACCGUCGAGGACGUGCUCUCCCACCCGGCCCGCUUUGCAGAGCUCGACUUGCACUCCGUCACCGUGGAGGAGCUGCGGUCGGUGAAGGGGAAGUUCAGGUGCGAGUCUUUCGGCUCGGCGGCGGUGAACGCUUUCUGUGUUCACUUCACGGUGACUUUCCCAUGCCCGGAUAAGCCGCUGGUGCUCUCCACGUCCCCGUUCAAACCGGAGACUCACUGGAAGCAAGCGGUGCUGUACCUGGACGCUCCGGUGGAUGUGGUGCAAGACACAGUGGUCACCGGAGAGGUCAGCAUGUAUCCCUCGGAGGAAAGUGGCAGACAUAUAUGUAUCCACGUGGACUACACGAUAGGAGAGCAGAAAAGACAGUCCAAGACUUUCUCCAUCCCUGACUGGAGCAGCGAGGCUCAGCCGUGAUGAAGCAUCCGUUCAGUCACCAGACAACACUCAGAGUUAUUAUCUGUCACUAAGAUUGACAAAGCUGCUCACUGUGAGGUUUGGCUGAAGUGGAGCAAUGAGUGUGUUUGUGUCCAGUGUGGUGAAUUAUUCAUAUCCAAAAACUAAAAUAUGACUUUAGGUCUCACGGACAUCCAUAAACACACACACACAUACAAAGUUAGGUUUGUUUAUACAGUCUGUGGUUUGACCCAUGGCUCCAGGCUGUAGUCUUAAAACAUGUUUGUUUUUACAUCUAAUAAAUAAUUUGAAAAGAGAAAUUGCAUAUUCUUAACAUGUUUUUAAUGUGUUUUUUUAUGAAUCUCACUCUCACAAGAGUAUGUGUUUAUGAAAGCCUGUAGUGAUAUUGUUUCUUUUUAUUGAAUACUGUGUUUACAGCAUUUAUGACCCGUCUUAUAAAAACACACUACAGCAUUACUAACUAACCGUUAUUUCUUUGGUUGAUUUUUUGGUUUAUAAAAUGGCAGAAAAUAGUCCAAUGUGACAUUAAUGUUUUGUUAGGACCAACAAACCCAAAUAUUGUUUAUUCUAUUACUAAUGACUAUACUAAAUCAC